CUAACCGGCUAACGGCUGUGUUGCUUUAAUGCUACUUAACCGGCACCGCUAACUGAACUUAACGGGCGCUCGGCGACGGUUUAACAGCGAAUUUUCGGUGAAAUUAUGGCCUGGAAAGCACCGAGAGCGCGCGCCGUUCGUUUAAUUAACGCGUUGUCGUUCGGCGGCAGCUCGCGAGCUUCUUAAUUAGCCACGUUAGGAUUAGCUAACGAUGCUAACCAGUUAGCCCGGGGUUCAUUGCUAACUGGCUAAGGAAGUUAGCCGGUGUAGCUACCGAGCGAGCCGCGUCAGCCUGCCGGAGGCUGAGCUCCGCUUUCCCGCAUUUCAAGCCCGUCCGCCGGCCCUUGUGCGUGUUAACCCCGCACCCUUUAGGAACGCGUCCGCUCGGCCCGUCUCACCGCGUGUGCUGUAAAAGAGUCCGAGCUCGGAGCAUGAGCAGCCGGCGGAGCUCGUGCUGACCGGCUGCUCUUUGUUUUGACAAAGGAAACACGACUCAACACUUCGGAACCGGACAUGGCUCCACAGAAGCACAGCUCCUCAGGUGGAAGCCACCCGGCGGGGUUCGGUUCUGGAGGAGGUAAAGCCAACGGGCUGUACCAGACCUCCACCUCCACGUCCUCCACCUCCUCCACCACCACCAGCACCUCCACCUCUGCGGCCAAGAAGCCCAACCUGCAGCUCAUCCAAGCCGACCACGAGAUGUUCCUGCAGGCCUUCGAGAAGCCGACCCAAAUCUACCGGUUCCUCCGCACCAGGAACUUGAUCGCCCCGAUAUUCCUGCACAGGACGCUCACCUACAUGUCGCACAGAAACUCGAGAAGCAAUGUCAAAAGGAAAAGCUCCAAGGUCGACAAUCUGUUGUUCAAAGUGGAGAAGAUGCGAGGCGAACAGGAGACUCACAGCUUGGCCUCCAAUCUGCAGCUCACCUUCACUGGUUUCUUCCAUAAAGCUGGGAAGCCGUCUCAGGACAGUGAGAACGAGCAGAACUCGGUUUCUCUGGAGGUCCUGCUGGUCAAAGUCUGUCACAAGAAGAGGAAGGAUGUGAGCUGUCCGGUGAAGCAGGUCCCGACGGGGAAGAAGCAGGUUCCUCUGAACCCGGACACGAGCGCCAGAGUCCAGGCCAAGCCGGGCUCCUUCCCGUCCCUGCUGGUUCCCAGCAGCGAGUUUGAACCCAGCAACUCUCACAUGGUGAAGUCGUACUCGCUGCUCUUCAGAGUGUCGAGGCCCGGAUACCCCCGAACGCAGGUCAACGGCAUGGCCAACGGAGAGAAUCACCACGGCAGAGAUUUUACAGAGGAAGUGGUAAACAGGAAGAGGAGGAGCUCCUCUCUCAGGGAGGAGGGAGAAACCACAUUUGUGGCUCAGAUGACUGUCUUUGAUAAAAACAGACGCCUGCAGCUGUUGGACGGAGAGUACGAGGUGUCUAUGCAAGAGAUGGAGGAGUGUCCGGUCAGCAAGAAGAGGGCGACCUGGGAGACCAUCCGCGAUGGAAAGCGUUUGCCUCCGUUCGAGAGUUUCUCCCAGGGUCCCACGCUGCAGUUCACCCUGCGAUGGACCAGCGACUCCUCUGAACUCUCCACCGCACCCGUGGCCAAACCUCUGGCCACCCGCAACUCUGAGACCAACCAGGACCCGAGGCCGAGCACCCUGAGAGCCACGCACACACUCUCUGUUAAAGAAUCCAUAAACUCCGACGUUCAGACCAGACGAGAACAAAUCUCAGCAGAGCCUCGACAGAAACUGCGGAUCUUCUACCAGUUUCAGUACAACAACAACACGAGGCAGCAGACGGAGGCCAGAGACGACCUCCACUGCCCGUGGUGUACGCUGAACUGCAGGAAGCUCUACAGCCUGCUCAAACACCUCAAACUGUCUCACUCUCGCUUCAUCUUCAACUACGUGCCUCAUCCCAAAGGAGCAAAGAUCGAGGUGUCCAUCAACGAGAGUUACGAUGGUUCCUAUGCAGGAAACCCGCAGGACAUCCACAGCCAGCCGGGCUUCGCCUUCAGCAGGAACGGCCCGGUCAAGAGGACCGCGGUCACCCACAUCCUCACCUGCAGGCCGAAGAGGACGAAGGCGACUCUGUCCGAGUUCCUGGAGUCAGAGGACGGCGAUCGCGAGCAGCAGAGGACGUACAUCAGCGGACACAACCGCCUUUACUUCCACAGCGACAGCUGCGUGCCGCUCCGGCCUCAGGAGAUGGAAGUGGACAGUGAGGACGAGAGAGACCCGGACUGGCUCAGAGAGAAGACCGCCAAGCAAAUCGAGGAAUUCACUGACGUCAACGAGGGCGAGAAGGAGAUCAUGAAGCUGUGGAACCUCCACGUCAUGAAGCACGGCUUCAUCGCCGACAACCAGAUGAACGAGGCCUGCCUGCUGUUCGCCGAACGCAACGCCGCCCACAUCGUCAAACACAACCUGUACCGCAACUUCCUGCUUCACCUGAUCAGCAUGCACGACUUCAACCUGAUCGGCACGCUCACCAUCGACCGGGCCAUGGCCCGACUCCGCCUCGUCCAGAGCCAGGCCCGGCUGAGAGACAAAGACAAGAAGGAGGAGGAGGAGGAGGAAGAAGAGGAAGAAGAAGAGGAGGACUGGGAGACGGCCGUGGAGUCCCAACCGGAGCUGGAUCCUGAUCCGGAUCCUGAUCCGUCUGAGUAUAAACCCUGCAGUGAUGAGAGCAGCAGCGGCUGCUUGGAGAACGGAGAAAACUUCUCGUCAUCUGACCUGAUCGCUGCCUUCAAAACGAGACAAAAAGCACAACGUGCGGAUGCUGCAUUAUCGAGAUAUUUCUACGCUUUGAUGUGAAACGUUUAAAAGCUUUACAUCGAUCGGAAGUGUGGCGGUGACACGCGAGUCGUACGCGUUCAUACGUGACGCGCAGAGGUCGACUGUGGGUUUGUUUUGUUCAUUCACGUGAGACCAGCAGCAUUUUGCACAAGAUGGGAGGAGCCAUGUCAAGAAAACAAGACUUUUCAACGAUUUAUGUAAAAACCAGCUUGACGUUGUGAAACUUUAAGUUGAGUCAAAGUGGUUUUCUAUUAAAAGAACAGUUUUGUACUAUUAUCGA